GAGCUGAGAGAGCAGCACAUCACCACAGCUACUGAGAGAGAGAGAGAGACUGAGACAGACAGACUGACAGAGAGAUACACAAAGAGACCUGCGAGAAGCAAGCAGACAGACAGACAGACAGACAGCACUGAGAGGAACCAGAGAUACGCACGCAGACAGACAGACAUACCGACAGACAGACAGGAUGCACGGACGCUCAGUAGUGGUGAAGAAGGCUGGCAGUGUGACUGCAGCGGAGCUGGGCUGCACAGUGAAGGAGGCAGACCCAGGGAGGAAGGAGAGCUACACUGCAGAGUGGCAGGACCUGGUCCUGAGCACCCAGCCUGAGGACAGGUGUUCCGUGCGGGAGGUGAAUGAUGCUCGGAAGGAGAGUUUCCACCGCCAGCACCAAGUGGUCAGUCUGCUCCAGAGGUCACCCCGUGGGCUGCUCAGGCUGGGCACGCUGGGCGGGCCGGUGACGGAGUACCAGCUGCCGUACCGCAGCGUGCUGCCGCUGCCCCUCUUCACCCCGGCCGAGCUGAGCGGCAAGCGGGGGGCAGAGCAGCUGGCCCGGGAUAGUCCCACCCUCGAUGGAGCCUGUCCGACCAAGAGAGAGAUCAGCGACAUCACCAGGGACCUGCCGCCGCUCUCACAGCCAUUCAGGAUGGACUUCACCAAACUGCCCCGCUCGCUGGGCAGGUCAAUGUCCCAGGAGGCACAAAGGGGGUGAGGGGAGGCAGCCAGCCCUGGGGGCUGAGGGAGGGCAGCCAGGCUGGGCUGCAGAGACACUGGGAAGGCACUGCCAGGGUGAGGGGUUAAAAAACAGAAAGAUGUUCAUGUCGUUGUUGCCAUGCUGCUAACGCACACACUGUAUACUGCACAGUUAAUACUAUUGCUAUGCCUGAGCUAGAAGACAACCUGAACAGUUCGGGUCUCAUUUUAUUCACAGCUUCGCUGCUGAAUUAAUGCGACUCAAUUACCUGUAUUUAUAAGGACCCAUUCUAGGGGCGCUGUGGAAAAAACCAUUGGUCUGAUCCUGCAGUUUUUCAAAGGUCGCAAUUAGCUCUCUUUGGAGUUGUGCUUGUGCCUUGUGGAAGACAGUGAUCUUUUUCAAUGGGUUUAUUAAGAUGCUGCCAGAGCAUUGCAGCUGGGCCGUGAUCCACAGCCAUCAGCCUCUUAAACACUUCCUAAUUAAUGCCAACUGGGUGGCAUCCAGCCCUUGCAGAGCCCUCUAGAUAUAAAUACAGCGCUGGCCCCCUCAGGGCUUAUCUGCAACCCGGCUCAUCAAUUACAGGACAUGCCCCGGAUUGCUGUUGAAAUAUGGAGCUUUGUUAUUCUGCACAUGGCUUUGUGUUGCAAGUUGCUCACUGAUCGAAAUUGGGAUAAGAGAGAGAGAGAGAGAGAGAGAGAGAGAGAGAGAGAGAGAGAGAGAGAGAGAGAGAGAGAGAGAGAGAGAGAGGAAGGAGGGGGGGCACUAAUGCAGAUCUCACAGGGGACAAGGCAAGGGCUGGAGAGUACUUUAGAAAGCUGGUCUCUAACGGGUAGCAGUGUGUGGGGUUUGCAGGAAAUGCUUGCAGUGUAACUAGAAAACGAACCCGUCUAAUGGAUAUUGUAUGUAUAGCAUUUGAACAAAUGUAAUCACUGAAACCAAAUGUGUGGCAUUGUAAUGUUGAUUUUUAAGUGCAUUUUUGCUUCUGUAAAUAGUUCAUUAAAAUUUUAAAUUGACACUAAA